AUGAGCUCUCCCAGUCUGUCUGCGCGCUCCUCCGAGCUGCACCUCAAUGGCGAUGCCCGCGCGACACGUCCGCGUAUCCCCUCUCCCCAGCGUUCCUUUGGGCGCAUGUCCUCAAAACACUUCGUCAUUACCUCGAUCCCCCUCACAGUCACACCCGCUUCCGCCAGAAGCAACUCUUCCUCACGCAACAGUCCUGCCUCCACAGCCUCCCAAAUGGCAGCCAGCAGCUCCCUCCAGUCCACGCCCGAGGGCCUGGUCCCGGUCUCCCAACCACUCGCAACCCCGGCACCGCUGUCCCUUGGAGAAUCAUAUAUGCAUCCUCCAGCUUCGACUCCUCCUGCUUCGUCACCCUCUGCCAUGGCCGUAGCCCUCGGGAAAGGCCCCAGCCUGAUACGGAGGGUAUCUCGCGGAGCGCAAGGGAUACCGAACCGGUUUCGACGCCACGGUCACCGUGACAGCAGUUGUGGGCCAGUCAUUAUGCGGCGCCGCAGCGACAGCAGAGGCGUCGCGGACACCUACAUGGACAUCUCUGACCUCGAGCUCGGUGACCUGGAUAACGAGGAGGCCGUGGAGGACCUUGCACACGCCGCCCAGGAUCCACAUAACGCGCUUGGAAUUACUGCUGGCCGGCCAAGCGUCACAUCGGCACCCGACCCGGGCGUCGUGGCCCCGAUCCGCUCUUCCCUCUUGCAACAAGGCACAACACUCACCAAAGUACACAAGGGCAAAGAAAAGAAAAUCAAAUUUCGAAUGGACUUUGAGUCCGCAAAAGUCUGCUGGGAUUCCGCGCGGUUGUCGAAGCAGUUUUACAUCGAUGAUGUUCGAGACUUCCGCAUUGGUCGCGAGGCCCGGAACUACCGCGAAGAAAACGGCAUCGCCGAAAAAUACGAGCCCCUGUGGUUUACAAUCAUCUACGCAGACAGCCGGUCAAAGGCGCGACCUCCUAAGCAUCUGCAUCUGAUAGCUCCAACGCCUGGGAUCUUCGAUCUCUGGAUCAACACCUUGGAGCUGGUCUCGCGAAGUCGACUCAACAUGAUGGCAGGGUUGGUUGACGCGACCGAGAAAAGCGCCAAGUCGUUCUGGCGACACGCGAUGGAUAAAAAGUUUGAUAGAGCUGAGCAUGCCGAGGAAGACGAAACCAUGGAUUUGCAGGGGGUGCUGAAGCUUUGCCGAAGCCUGCACAUCAACACUUCCGAAAACUCCAUUCGUAGCCACUUCGACAAGGCAGUCAGUGAGAAUUCACGUGUUCUGACGCAGGCUCAAUUCUUGAUGUUUGUGAAAAGGCUCAAGGAGCGCCAAGAUAUCAAGAAAAUCUACAAAGAGAUCAAGGCGAACAGUCCGACCGGCCUCGUCGAUAAAAGUGCAUUCCUGGCCUUCCUGAAGCACUCUCAGGGAGUCGAUGUGCAAGCUGACCUGGAACAUUGGACCAACGUCUUUGAGAAGUACGCCCGCGCGUCGAAACCAAAAGCAACAGUAUCGCCGCAGCUUAGCAGCGAGUCUAUGUUUCUUACAAUAAGUUCGCAAGCGUUCCAGGCGUUUCUCUCGUCCACUCACAAUUCCACAUACGCGCCUGCGAGUCCGGAGCCCAAGUUUGACCGUCCCCUCAAUGAAUACUUUAUAUCUAGCUCUCACAACACGUAUCUGCUCGGGCGCCAAGUUGCUGGUGAGUCAAGCACUGAGGCUUACAUCACCGCUCUGCAGAAGGGCUGCCGAUGCGUCGAGGUCGACUGCUGGGAUGGCAGUGACGGGAAGCCCGUUGUCAUGCACGGCCGCACGCUUACCAAAAGCAUUCCGUUUCUUGACACUAUCAAAGUCAUCGCCAAGUACGCUUUCGUCUCGUCUCCCUAUCCAGUCAUCAUCUCGCUGGAAGUUCAUUGCAAUCCUGCCCAGCAAGAGAUCAUGACACAGAACAUGAAGACCGAGUUUGGAGACGCGCUUUUGCUGGAUCCUUUGGAUGAUUCGAAGACACUGCCAUCACCCGAGGCAUUGAAAGGAAAAAUCCUCAUCAAAGUCAAGGCCGCUGCUGAAGAUACCGAUGACGCCACCAUCAUAAAUGAUCUUACGACUCAACGGCGGCAGCGGAGUUUCAGCUCUCCGUUCUCACGACCAACGGUGUUUGCAGACCAAGGCCAGAUGUUGUAUAGUCCGCAAUCAAUAAGUCCUCCGGAAAAGCCUGGCUUUCUUUGGGCAUCGCCCAGGACCUCGACAACUUCAACUGCGGGCACCACCACUACGACUCCAGGCACAGUAGGAAGCAUCAGCUGCAGCUCAGACGAAAGCGAUACUCCACAUGUCCCCACACCAGCAGGAAAAAAGAAGAAGAAGAACACUAGCAAAAUCACAAAGGUAUUAGGCGAUCUUGGUGUCUACACCCGAGGUAUAAAAUUCUCCGACUUCACUGGCCAGGAUGCAAAUACCUACAACCACGUUUUCUCCUUUGCCGAGCGAACUUUCGACAGGCUAUGCAAGGCCGACAGCGACAGCAAAAGACUAAUCGAGGAGCACAACAUGCGCUGCUUAAUGCGCGUGUAUCCCUCUGGUCAUCGCAUCUAUUCCUCAAACUUCGAUCCCACCAAGUUCUGGCGACGUGGUGUUCAGAUGGCGGCUCUCAACUGGCAGACCUAUGAUGUUCCUCAGCAACUCAAUGAGGCCAUGUUCGCUGCCGGCAACGACCGACUAGGAUAUGUUCUCAAGCCUGAUGAGCUUCGACCUGGCCACUUCCCUGCCAAGGGGGCCAGCAAAACGCCGAAGAAGCUCGUCAAGUUCACCGUGGACAGAAUCACUGCCCAACAACUUCCUCGCCCUAGUGGUCUCAGCUCAGACUCGAACAUUAACCCGUACAUCGAAUUCGAAAUGCACUUCGCCGAAGACAAGGGACGAGGAAUUGCUACCUGCGAAGGCGGCGAGGACGCCUCUGAUAGACGUGGCAUAUCAGGGAUCGGAGAGCCGGUCCGUGUUCGCACUAUCACUGCCCCGGGCAAUGGCUAUGAUCCGGAGUGGCAAGACACCAUCACGAUGAGCUGUGAGACCAGGUAUCCAAGCCUCGUUUUCGUUCGUUGGACCGUUUACAAUUCACUCGACGGGCGCAACAAAGGAGGGAUAGCCCUUGCCACCUUCACCGCAAAGCUAAGUAGUCUGCAACAAGGCUACCGCCAUCUUCCGCUAUACGACGUCAGCGGCGAGCAGUAUCUAUUCUCGACACUCUUUUGCCGCAUCAAGAAAGAGGACCACGUCUUAGUUGUUGAGCCUCAGGCCCCAAUCGAACGCAUAUUGACCAGCCCAGGGAAUAUGGAUCCCUUGGAGCUGCCAAAGGAUGGUGAAAGAGCCUCUCGAGGCAUCCUCAAGAAGUUACUCACGCGCACGCCUAGCGACCGCAAACAGCGAAAGGAGAGCGAGUCGAAAGAAAGAAACGGAUCACGCUUCAGCCGCAGCAGCACGAUCGAACGACAAUAA